AUGUCGUUCGUUGAUGAUUUUGUUUCGCCGAAUAAAAACGCCAGCUCGACCGAACAUUCGGCCUGGAGCAGAUAUCAGCACGGGUCUCCAGUCAUCGCGCUCUACAUCCUUGUUUACAGUUUGGUUUUUAUCCUCUGUGUGCUCGGUAACCUGGCAGUUUGCUGGGUGGUGGCCAAAACCCGGAAACUCCACACCGCGACGUUUUACUUUAUAUUUAACCUGGCUAUUGCGGAUCUGCUGGUGGCGAUAUUCUGUAUGCCCUUCACACUGGUAUCGCACAUCCUGGUCGAGUACCAGUUUGGUGACUUCAUGUGCAGGUUGACGGCACUGAUUCAGGGCCUGUCUGUGGCAGCGUCCAUCUACACACUUACCGCCAUAGCUGCGGACAGGUACGUUAUAUUCAAUCCUCUCAAAGACAUACACCCAACCACAAUAAUUGACGUAUAUAUAUACAAGGCGAUCCUGUUCCCACAUGACGGUCCGAUGAGCAUAGAUACCAUGAAGAAGGUUCUGGUAUCUAUCUGGGUCGCGUCUCUUGUGGUCAUGGUCCCCCAGGUCUUCGUCAUCCAAGUAAGGGACUCGUCAUUCAUGAUUCAAGAUCAACACGUGGACCGGUGUGUGGAGGUAUGGCCGGACCUAGUGUACAAGAAGAUCUACUCUGUGACAGUUGUUAUGCUGAUCUACAUCUUGCCGCUCAUGGUGAUGAGCUUCCUGUACGUCCGCAUAGCUAAGAAGAUCUGGUUCCAGGCGGAUCUGCAGAGAGGUAGCGGCAGCGACACCGUGCGGAGGAGGGAGUUCAUCGGCUCCGUCCCCAAGAGACGGAAACGCGUCAUCAAGAUGCUGAUCGUGGUGGUGACGCUGUUCAUGGUGUCCUGGCUGCCGCUGUACACCUGCUGGAUGCUCGAUGAGUUCGGCAACAUGCCCAACUGGCAGGUGGAGAUUGUCCACCAGUACGUGUACCCAUUCGCGCACUGGCUCUCGUACUUCAACAGCUGCGUGAACCCCAUCGUGUACGGACUGUUCAACCGGGACAUUCGCAAGAACGUGGACUGGGGGAAGUUCAGCCUGAUGACCCGGAGCACCAUCACCACGGACACCCGCUGCCGGUCGAGGCGGAGGGAGAACCACCAAAGUCCAGCCGAGCAGAUCUGUGCUUGCGUGGAGCUACAAAUGGAGACGGCACUAUAGCCAUGACUGUGGACGAUGUAACUGUGUAUAUUUGAUAAAAGCCCAGGGUGCCAGUAAGAAAAAAAAUCAAUCCAUGAAGGUGUACGAACAAUUAUGUCAACGCACCUUGAAACGAUUCAUAUUUUCAUAAAAACAGUGCAUAUUACGAUAGACACUUCUUUGAGUCAGUUAAAGUUCUGAUAAAUGCAUGAUUUACUUCAAGCCUAGCUGUUCUAAGACAGAUAGGAAUGGGCAAGGAAAAAAAUAAAUAAAAAGGAUACUAAGUUAUACAUAGAAUCCAGACCCCAAGCUGACGAUGUGAUCAUGAUGCGUUUUUUUUAAGUUUUCUGAUUUUACCCUGUUUCUAUUUUGUCGGAAUAUGAUACAACCAGGUCACAUUUAUCCAAUUGUUACCCAAAGGAGACCAGAAGUGAAAUGAAAUAGAAAGACUAGCAACUGCACGCACGUGUGCGACGUAGCUAUAUACUAUGCGC